UUUGGUUCGAUAUUUUUUGGCUCCCGUCAUGACUUGGUUUCUGGUGCCGGGGAAGAAGCUGAAAGAUCAUCUCAACUUUCACUUCAAAAUACUAUUCUUAGAGUCCAUCCUUCUGUCUUGGAUAAGGGCCGAAGACAAGGAGAUCUGCCUGCCGCCCCUGGGCUGCUUCAGCACCGCCGAGCCGUUCUCUCACCUGCCGCUACCGUACCGCAGGGAGGAUGUCAACACCAGGUUCCACCUUCGCACACGUGAGAACCCGUACGAGGACCACGAGCUGAGGGCUGGGGAUGUGGCCGCCUUACAGAAGUCCAACUACGUGUCUAACGUCACAACUUACUUCGGCAUCCACGGCUUCUCUGGGUUCGACCCCCACGUCCCGUGGAGAGAGGAGUUUUUUGAGAGGCUGCUGAACAGGGAGAACGCCAACGUGAUAUUUGUGAGCUGGAUCGAGGGUUCCCUGACGGGCCUGAACCCCGCCCAAGCCGCCGCUAACGUCCGUGUCUCCGCUGCCGAGCUCGCGUACUUCUGCAAAUGGCUUCAGAACAUAACCGGCGUGUCCCUCCAGUCGUUCCACAUCGUGGGCUUCAGCUUCGGGGCACAGAUCGCGGGACUGGCGGGCGCACAGCUACCGGGGCUGGGCAGGAUCACUGGUCUGGACCCAGCCGCCAUGUACUUUGCCGAGUCUCCGCCCGAGGCCCGACUGGACCCGACAGAUGCCGAGUUUGUGGACAUCAUCCACACAGAUGCCGAGAUGUUGGGCGGGAUGGGUCCCAGUGGCAUGAGUCCGGUCGGUCACGUGGACUUUUACCCGAACGGCGGCACGAACCAACCCGGCUGCGAGUCGUUUCUCGGGGACCUGUUGACAUUCUGCGAUCACCGCAAGUCGAUCUACUACUUCUAUGGCAGUUUGGACUCCCAGAAUCCUCCACUCCGAUCGUACAGGUGCGACAGUCACGAGCGCUUCCUAGCGGGAACCUGCAUGAGCUGCAGGGCGAACCGCUGCAGGAGCAUAGGGAUAGACGCCACCAGAGUUCCCAGGAAGAAACACGUCAAGAUGUACUUGCACACGACGGCUGAAGAACCUUACAGAGUUUACCAUUACUCGGUGAGGAUACACUUCCGGCGCGGACGCGGCUCAGGGUACCACCGAAGACACGAGGGGCGAAGGGAGGGCCGCCUGUUCGUCACCCUACAUGGCAAGAAUGGGACCAGCCAAGAACUACCCCUCAAUAGCGGCGAACCCGUUACCAUGGUACCCGGGCAUCACGUCAGGUUCCUAGUGACGUCACAUGACAGGUUAGGUCGUCUGCACAGCGUGACGUUCCGCUGGGAUGACAGCGAAUCGGCCUCGCAAAACGAUGGCUUCAGUCUGUGGGACCUUUGGGGGAAACGUCGCAAGCGUGACCUCCGUGGUGAUGACGCCGUGUUUGAGGCAUUUGUCCGGAAGUACGGUGACGUGAUUGCCGACGUCACUUCCGGUGACGAAGCACGUAUGAGGAAGUACACCAGGCCUCGAGGUGUGAAAAGGAACGACUCCAACAAGCUGAUGGCACUGCAAGCGGUCUUACAAGUUUACCAUCCUUUCAUCAGUCUCAAAUUGCAGGACAAAGGUGGUAUUUGGAACACUACAAGUAAAAUAGACGACUCUGUUGACGGCACAACACGUCACGAUGACGUAAUGCACAUUAAUGGGAGCAAAGGAGGUAAUAAGCAUCAUAGUCGUCGACACGGUGAGGACGGAGCUCUCCUGAAGACUACGCCACGUAGACGUCAUCGCCGCUCGGAAAGUGACGUCAUGCACGUGAGAAAAAUCCGUGUGAAAUCGGGGGAAUCACAGGAAAGCUUGCACUUCUGCGCUGACGGACGCGAGCACCGGAUUCCGCAAAUCCGGAAAGGAGAGUGUGUCCGGUUUUCUCGAUGUGAGGGUUAG